AUGGGCAGUGAUGCCCUACCCCGAGAUCCCCAUCUCGCACCUGUUACCCUCCCUCCUAACUCCCCAGCACCAUCCCUGGACAGUGAUGCCCAACCCCGAGUUCCCCAUCUCGCACCUGUUACCCUCCCUCCUAACUCCCCAGCACCAUCCAUGGGCAGUGAUGCCCUACCCCGAGUUCCCCAUCUCGCACCUGUUACCCUCCCUCCUAACUCCCCAGCACCAUCCCUGGGCAGUGAUGCCCUACCCCGAGUUCCCCAUCUCGCACCUGUUACCCUCCCUCCUAACUCCCCAGCACCAUCCAUGGGCAGUGAUGCCCUACCCCGAGUUCCCCAUCUUGCACCUGUUACCCUCCCUCCUAACUCCCCAGCACCAUCCAUGGGCAGUGAUGCCCUACCCCGAGUUCCCCAUCUUGCACCUGUUACCCUCCCUCCUAACUCCUCAGCACCAUCCCUGGGCAGUGAUGCCCUACCCCGAGUUCCCCAUCUUGCACCUGUUACCCUCCCUCCUAACUCCCCAGCACCAUCCCUGGGCAGUGAUGCCCUACCCCGAGUUCCCCAUCUCGCACCUGUGACCUCCCUCCUAACUCCCCAGCACCAUCCAUGGGCAGUGAUGCCCCUACCCCGAGUUCCCCAUCUCGCACCUGUUACCCUCCCUCCUAACUCCCCAGCACCAUCCCUGGGCAGUGAUGCCCUACCCCGAGUUCCCCAUCUCGCACCUGUUACCCUCCCUCCUAACUCCUCAGUACCAUCCAUGGGCAGUGAUGCCCUACCCCGAGUUCCCCAUCUCGCACCUGUUACCCUCCAUCCUAACUCCCCAGCACCAUCCAUGGGCAGUGAUGCCCUACCCCGAGUUCCCCAUCUCGCACCUGUUACCCUCCCUCCUAACUCCCCAGCACCAUCCAUGGGCAGUGAUGCCCUACCCCGAGUUCCCCAUCUCGCACCUGUUUAA